GGUGUUGUGACUGCGGGGCCGUAAACAUGGCGGUGAGUCUCCGCGCCCGCUCGCUGAGGCACCUCCGCAUCCGAGGCCGGAACGACAGCGGCGAGGAGAACGUGCCCCUCGAUCUCAGCCGAGAACCCUGUGAUAAUAUGAGAGAGAUUCUCCAAAAUGUGGCCAAAUUACAAGGUGUUUCAAAUAUGAGAAAACUAGGUCACUUGAAUAAUUUUACUAAGCUUCUUUGUAAUACUGGCCAUGCUGAAGAAAAACUAGGUUUUACUUAUGACAGCAUCAUAAUAUGUCUGCGGUUAGCUUUACUGAAUGAAGCAAAAGAGGUGCGAGCAGCAGGAUUGCGAGCCCUCCGGUAUCUCAUCCGAGACUCGGGUAUUCUCCAGAAGGUGCUAAAGUUGAAAGUGGAUUACUUGAUAGCCAGGUGCAUUGACAUACAGCAGAGUAAUGAAGUAGAAAGAACACAAGCACUUCGAUUAGUCAGAAAGGUGCUGAUGCUAUCCAUAGUUCUUAUCAGAUACACAAUGAUCACUGUGAAUGCUUCAUUGUUCCCCAGUUCUAUAACUAAUUCUUUGAUAGCAGUUGGAAAUGAUGGUCUUCAAGAAAGAGAUAGAAUGGUGCGAGCUUGUAUAGCCAUUAUCUGUGAAUUAGCACUUCAGAAUCCCGAGGUGGUAGCUCUUCGAGGUGGUUUAAGCACCAUCUUGAAAAAUGUGAUAGAUUGUCAGCUAAGCCGAAUAAAUGAGGCUCUGAUAACUACAGUUUUACACCUCAUUAAUCAUCCAAAGACCCGACAGUAUGUGCGAGCAGAUGUAGAAUUAGAGCGAAUUUUAGCUCCUUACACAGAUUUUCACUACAGGCAUAAUCCAGACACAGCAGAAGGACAACUCAAGGAGGACAGAGAAGCACGGUUCCUAGCUAGUAAAAUGGGAAUAGUGGCAGCAUUUCGAUCAUGGGCAGGUAUUAUCAGCUUGUGCAAGCCUGGGAAUUCUGGGAUCCAGUCUCUGAUUGGGGUACUUUGUAUACCAAAUAUGGAAAUACGGCGAGGUCUGCUUGAGGUUCUUUAUGAUAUAUUUCGCCUUCCUCUCCCUGUUGUUGCUGAAGAGUUCAUUGAGGCACUUCUCAGUGUAGAUCCAAGCAGAUUUCAGGACUGCUGGCGACUUUCUGAUGGCUUUGUAGCUGCUGAAGCUAAAACUGUAUUACCCCAUCGAGCCAGGUCAAGGCCUGACCUCAUGGAUAAUUAUUUGGCUUUAGUCCUUUCAGCUUUUAUUACCAAUGGGCUUCUAGAGGGUCUUGUUGAAGUGAUUACAAGUAGCGAUGACCAUGUGUCUGUUAGAGCAACUAUCCUUUUAGGAGAACUUUUGCAUAUGGCAAACACAAUCCUUCCUCAUUCUCAUAGCCAUCACCUGCACUGCUUACCAACGCUAAUGAAUAUGGCAGCAUCUUUUGACAUUGUGAAAGAGAAAAGACUACGAGCAAGUGCUGCACUCAACUGCUUAAAACGCUUUCAUGAGAUGAAGAAAAGAGGACCUAAACCUUACAGCCUCCACUUAGACCAUAUUAUUCAGAAAGCAAUCUCAACCCACCAGAAAAGGGAUCAAUACCGUGUGCAGAAAGACAUCUUUAUUUUAAAGGACACAGAAGAAGCUCUUGUAAUGAAUCUUCGAGACAGCCAGGUUCUUAAUCAUAAAGAGAAUCUUGAGUGGAAUUGGAAUCUGAUAGGGACCAUAUUGAAGUGGCCAAAUGUAAAUCUAAGGAACUAUAAAGAUGAACAAUUGCACAGGUUUGUAAGGAGACUGCUGUAUUUUUACAAGCCUAGCAGUAAACUGUAUGCCAACCUGGAUCUGGACUAUGCUAAGGCUAAGCAGCUCACUGUGGUGGGUUGUCAGUUUACUGAAUUUCUUCUUGAAUCAGAAGAGGAUGGACAAAGUUACCUGGAGGAAUUGGUUAAAGAUAUUGUACAUUGGCUCAAUUCAUCAUCAGGAAUGAAACCUGAACGUAGUCUUCAAAAUAAUGGGUUACUAAAUACCCUUAGUCAGCACUACUUUUUGUUUUUUGGUACUCUGUCUUGUCACCCUCAUGGAGUGAAAAUGCUUGAAAAAUGUAAUGUGUUUCAGUGUCUUCUUAAUCUUUGUUCUUUGAAGAACCAGGAUCACUUAUUAAAACUGACUGUUUCUAGUUUGGAUUACAGCAGAGAUGGGUUAGCAAGAGUCAUCCUUUCUAAAAUUCUAACAGCAGCUACUGAUAGCUGCAGGUUGUAUGCAACAAAACACUUACGAGUAUUACUGAGAGCAAAUGUAGAGUUCUUCAGCAACUGGGGGAUUGAGUUACUGGUGACCCAGUUACAUGAUAAAAAUAAAACUAUUUCUUCAGAGGCACUUGAUAUUCUAGAUGAGGCAUGUGAAGACAAGGCCAAUCUUCAUGCCCUUAUCCAAAUGAAACCAGCUCUUUCUCAUCUUGGAGACAAGGGUUUGCUUCUACUCCUAAGAUUUCUGUCUAUUCCAAAGGGGUUUUCCUAUCUAAAUGAAAGAGGCUAUGUAACAAAACAAAUGGAGAAGUGGCAAAAGGAAUAUAAUUUAAAGUAUGUUGAGCUGAUUGAAGAACAGCUUAAUGAAGCACUUACCACAUAUCGCAAACCUGUUGAUGGUGAUAAUUAUGUUCGUCGGAGCAACCAAAGAUUACAACGACCACAUGUUUACCUGCCAGUUCACCUUUAUGGCCAACUGGUGCACCAUAAAACAGGCUGCCAUUUAUUGGAAUCUCAGAGUAUUGUUCCAGAUCUAAGUUACACUGUUCGUUCCCCAAUGCUGGAAAAGUGGGAAGGAAUUAAGCAGCUCAAAGCAGCUCUUUGGGCCUUGGGCAACAUUGGAUCAUCAAAUUGGGGUCUUAAUUUGCUACAAGAGGAGAAUGUAAUCCCUGAUAUAAUGGCACUUGCCCAGCAUUGUGAGGUUCUCUCCGUUAGAGGAACCUGCGUCUACGUGCUUGGUCUAAUAGCCAAAACUAAACAAGGAUGUGACAUUUUGAAACAUCACAACUGGGAUGCAGUGAGACACAGUCGUAGGCAACCAUGGCCAGUGGUACCUGAUGACAUGGAACAGCUCUGCAAUGAACUUUCUUCUAUACCUAGCACCCUUAGCUUGAACUCUGAGUCCACCAGUUCUAGGCAUAACAGUGAAAGUGAAUCUGCACCUUCAAGUAUGUUUAUCAUGGAGGAUGACCGUUUUGGCAGUACUUCCACUAGCACGUUCUUCCUAGAUAUUACUGAAGAUGCAGAACAAAUAUUUUAUGACAGACCUGGACCGUCAAAGGACAAAGACCGUAGUCCCUUUCCCUUUUUUUCUUCUAGCAGACUUGUGAAAAAUCGCAUUUUAAACUCGCUCACUCUACCUAAUAAAAAGCACAGAAGUAGCAGUGAUCCAAAAGGAGGAAAACUGGCAUCAUCUGACAGUAAAUCAGGCCUGAGGCGAAAUCGUACUGUAACAGAACCUUCCAGUAGCAUAGACUUUACUCCUGGGGAUGAAUUCAACCCUGUUUUCAGAGUUCCUAAAAUCCAGACUUUACGAUUAGAAACUUCUUUUGUUGGAAGUAAGCACACAGAAGAUACUGAUAGCACCCCAAGUAUUGGAGAAAAUGAUUUGAGGCUGCCAAAAGGUCUUGGAAACGAAAAUCACCGGGAAAACACAAGCCGAGAAAGGCUAAUAGGAGAUGGUUCUACCCAAACACAUUUCAAGAGCCGUAGCUUAAGUUUCAACACAGAUACCACAACAAGUGGCAUAAGCUCAAUGAGCUCUAGCCCUUCAAGGGAGACUGUAGGUGUGGACACUACGAAUGUAGACACUGACUGUGGGAGUUUGAGUACUGUGGUAAGCACAAAAACAGUUAAACCAAGUUACUGUUCAACACCACAAUCUAACCACCUGCCUCUCUCAAAAUCAAAUUCUGUGUCCCUGGUACCACCAGGGUCUUCUCAUACACUUCCUCGAAGAGCCCAGUCCCUUAAAGCCCCUUCUCUUGCUACAAUAAAAAGUCUUGCUGACUAUAACUUCAGCUAUACAAGUUCUCGAGAUGCCUUUGGCUAUGCUACACUAAAACGCUUACAACAGCAGAGGAUGCAUCCCUCACUGUCUCACUCAGAAGCUCUGGCAUCUCCAGCAAAGGAUGUGCUGUUUACUGACACUAUUACCAUGAAGUCUGGCAGCCUGGACUCUCGACUAACCCCAAGUCGGUUCAUGAAAGCUUUAAGUUAUGCUUCGUUAGAUAAAGAAGACUUAUUAAGUCCUAUUAACCAAAACACACUUCAGCGUUCCUCCUCUGUUCGCUCCAUGGUUUCUAAUGCUACAUAUGGUAGUUCUGAUGAUUACAUUGGCCUUGCUCUCCCAGUGGAUAUCAAUGAAAUAUUUCAGGUAAAGGAAACUCCAUAUUUCCAGAAGAAAACCACACCUCCAUUUGAUGAUCGUGGAGCUAGGGUCUUUGCACCUGAUGUGGGAGGUCUUCCAUCAGGUACAAGUGAUGUUGUCAAAAGUCCUUUUCAGAUGCUUCGACAGCAGAUCAGUCUGACAGAAAUAAUGAAUACUAGCCGUUCAGAUGCCUCUCAGUUUUUAGAAAAUACAGAGGAUACUGGACUACAGGAGCACACAGAUGAGAACUGCCUUUAUUGUGUCUGCAUUCAAAUACUGGGUUAUCAGCCUAACAACAAAGUGAACUCUUCAUAUAGUCGAGCAGAUUUUUCAGACGUUCCAUAUACUGACUGGUGUGGGCAGACCAUACACAAUCACUUAGAUGUGCAUUCCUCCAAAUUUUCUGGAAUUUCAGGCUGUAGCGACGCAGUAUCCCAUGGUUCAGCUAGUAGCACUAAGAGUACAGAGCUUGUACUUGGAGUAAAAUCAAUCCCAGAUGAUACACCAGUGUGUAGGAUACUGCUGCGGAAAGAAGUCUUACGUUUAGUAAUCAAUUUGAGUAGUUCAGUAGGAACUAAGGGCCAUGAAACUGGACUUCUGACAAUUAAGGAGAAGUAUCCCCAAGCGUUUGAUGACAUCUGCCUUUACUCUGAGGUGUCCUACUUGUUAGCACAUUGUACAUUUCGACUCCCGUCUCGAAGGUUCAUUCAGGAGCUCUUUCAAGAUGUACAGUUUUUACAAAUGCACGAAGAAGCAGAGGCUGUUCUAGCAACACCAACAAAACAACCAGUAAUUGAUACAUCAGCUGAAUCCUGACCUCUGUCUCAGGCAGUGUAUUACAUAUGGACUUACUGAAAUCCUCAGACAACCUCCAAUUGACUGGAUGAUAAAGUUUGGAGCAUCAUCUUCUAGACUGUUCCAGAAGCUACUGGUACCAGAAGAGUGAACUGAAAAUCUUUUUUUCUUUUUUUUUCCUCAACCAAUUACUACCCCAGUCUUUUGAGCCCUUUGGGGAGUUAUUAAACAUCACCAUAGUUUUAAUAAUAGUAAUUACCAGUAUAUGCAAGAGCCGAGCACUGAACACCUCCGCAAAUUUUCAUUUCAUUUUUUAAUAUAAAUAAAAAUAGGACAACGUGCAGAGACAUCUUUUAUGACUGACUUUUGAAUCUGUUCCAGAGAAGCAGAAUGAUGCCUUGCUUUUUAACCCCUGGAUACCAGGAAUCGGAGUAUCUGAGGGUGCAUUCCAUUGGCAGCAAUGGGGAACCGUGCUGUAAUCAUGGACACCAGGGGGUUUAACGUUCGCCCUUCUCUCUGAGUUUUCAUACUGUUUGUAACACUACUUGGGGGGUUUAUAGCUUCAGACAGCAAGAAAAGCCUCUGUCUAUCUGAGGCAUUCUUUAAGUUAUUUUAAUAUAACUAUAGUUGUAAGUCAUUUUAUUAGCAGUCUCUCCAGUUUCAUUGCAUUUACAUCUGUGUAUCUUAUAUGAACCAGUUAAGGAUUUUCACUACAGUUUGAUUCAAAAACAAAAAAUCAUUUAAACUUAAAAUGCUGAAAUCAGAUUGUUUUCCCUGACUGAUAUGCAUGUGUUUGAAGUUUCUAGACUCAUGCUCAUGUGGUAUGAGUGUUGGUCAUAUUCUUAACUGAAAACCUUUAACAAGCAUGAUUUUCAUCAGAUAAAUGAAUAUUGUAUCAACUAAACUUGAAAACAUUUAAUCAUUGCUGCUUUGUGAAAAGACACAGUAACGAGCAAUUUCCAUGCUCCAUGGAAACAGCCUUUUAACAAAGGUUUGCUUGAAUUUCAAUGUAUGAGUGAUCCAGUAUCAGAUAGUACUAAAAAUUGUAGUGAAAAGCCUUAAGAACCAAAUUUUGAAGCAGCAGUACUUACAAAUUUGUAUUGGUAGUGAAACCUGUUGCAUAAGUUGCAUGAUACAGGAACUGUUGGGGGACGAGAGUUGCCGUUAUCAUGUCACUAGUGAGGUCGUUAAAUUUAUGAGUGCAAGCUUAAAAAGUAUCCUCACCACUUGUUAUACGUCUAAAGAUUCAGAAGCCUUUAUAAAAAGGUGUAUAUAUAUAUAUAUUUGCAUAUAUUUAUAUUAUAAAAAAUAGCAUGGCCACCUUUGUUAGAAUGCCUGUACUAGAAAGGAUUACCCUUUGGUUUUGUUAUAGGCAAAUAAUUCAGCUGGACUGUACUAGGUAGAAUGUAUUUUUAUCCAUUCAAUCUUACCGUUUUUUAUAAUUGUCAGAUUAAUACUUAGAUGAAUAUGAGUGAAAUUUAUCCUAGUACUCAUAACCCUGAUCUUACUAGCUAUGCUACUGGAGACUUCAAUAAGUAGGCCUGUGAACCAGUAACAGCAUAACAUGAUUUGUACUGAAAUGUAGAAUUUAUUUGCUCUUAGUGGAAAUUUCAUCUUGCCACAUAAGCACUGCUUUGCAGAGAUCACUGAGUUCUUACGUGCACUGCAUACCAUCAGGUUCUGGUAAAGCAGAUCUGUAAGUUGCUGCUCAUAGUCAAAUUUAAUUUCCUAGAUUAUCUUCUCAUGAGUUCCCACGAAAGAGUGAGCAAAAAGCAACCAAUUCAACUCUUUUAUGGUCAGUGACACAAAUACUGCAUUUAUAUAUUGAAACGUGUUUGGAAUGCUUUGAAAUCAUACCCACUAGUAACUAUUGGACUUCUCUGGUUGUAAGAAGUAAAUGCUUUUGUAAAACCAAAAUGUCAAUUACGGUAGACCAAAUAGUGGUGUAAACUCCAAAGGAAAUAAUGUAGUGUUCCCAAGAAUGGGACUAGCAUAUCUUAUACAGUAGUUUCAAACACUACCUCAGUUAGGCUAGAGUAUAAGAGACUUGUUUUAAUAACUAGAUGGGGUUACAUCAAACAACUCCAUGUUAUUUUUCUGCAGUUAAAAUAAAAUAAACAAGUAUUAUCACCUGUAUUAAAGAAAAACACCCUUGUUCAUUUGUUACUAGUUUAAUCCAUAGCACUUAAUGUAGAAAAGGCAAUAGAAAGGCCUCUGAUUAUUAAAAAGGUAAGCAAAAGUGAUGACAGUAUACUUAAAAAGGUUCUUCAUCCUGAAAUGUAUACGCAUUCUGAAAUACUCCGUUGUGUGGGGAUCCAUGACAACAAAACUUGGCAAAUGAAUUACUGCUACAAAUGUGGUUAUAAAGCAUGAUUUUCUUUCUCAAAGUGUAUGAAUGUCAGUAGAUUUCAGCAAAUGCGCGUAACGGAUGUAAAGUCCAUGCUGUACAUAACGUACAAGAAUACAUUUCUAGAAUUAAUUUACAUUAAGCUCACAUUAGUGUUUCUCUUUAGUUGACAAAUGAAGGGAUAUUAUAAUUGAAGGAAUUUGAUAUUGGCCUAAUUAUAAACAGUAAAUUUCUAAUAUUGUCAAUUUCCUUUUUAAAAUAUCCCUUUCAGAAUUCUUAUUUGAGGGUUUUAUUUUGCUUCAGGCUUAAAUAGUUAUAACUAAAGUCUGCAUACAUUAUACCUAACAGAAAAUCCUCCUACUUUUCCUGGAAAGGAUAGCAAGCUGAUAGACCUUUCAUUUUUUAUUUUUCCAGUCUUAACUUGUGAUGCUAUUGAAUAAAUGGUAAAGUAUAGAGUACUUGGUUAUGCUAUAUGAAAUGUAGUUUAUUUGCUCUGGCAAAGAAAACUCCUGAAUGGUUAAACAUGCUAGCAGAGAAAAUACUCAGACAGGUCUGAAGUUAAACCCUUUGUAGGCAAAGAGGUGCUGGAUAUGAAACCAAUUGAAUAUAGGUCUACUAAAUUAAUUGGCUGCUUUCCUUGGUCUCCUAUUAUUUUUUAUAGUCAGUGGAAAGGGAUAGUCUCCAUCAAAGGGCAACUUAGGGCAGAAAUGUAAUCAAAGGACUCUGGAUUAUUUCCCAGAGAGCCUGUUUCUCUCCAGGAAAUAGAAGACCACCAAGCUUGGUCAUGUGAACAUCCCUUUUGAGAGAGAGAGACAGACUUUCGCAGGCAUCAGAAGUUCAGGGGUGUUGGAUGCACCUAACUCUGACGUCGCUUGGGGUUGUAGAGAUGUGUUGAGGUGCCUAACUGAAGAUGCAUAUACUUGUAUGUUAGGCCCUUGGCAUGUUAUAUGUGAAGAGACACUCUUCCUAUCUGACUGGUCUUAUUUGACUAGAAAUCCAUACAGAUGCCAUCACUGAUUCCCCCCUCUGUCUACCCCCUCCCCGAGACACAGUAGUAAAUUAUUCAGUAGUUUAGUGCACAGUGGCUUGGCACGUUGAGGUGAGCUACCUUGUACAAACAUUUUAAAACGCCUACUAAGCAUCAGUGAUAAUAUUCAGCUUUUGAAUUCAGUCUACUUUGAAGCAUACAUAGCGGUCCUGGAUGACAGAAUUGUAAUACGCAAUGAGAAGCUUUAGAAAACUCUAGCGCCUUUAAUAGGCGGAUAAAGAGAGAGCGAGCUAGACUAGAAAUAUUUCAAGAGGUAGGUAGUAAUUACAGCCUGGUGAGAGAUGAAACAGCUGGUGCUUCAUCUUAGUCUGUUUUGAUCUUGUUAUUUGGCCUUUGGACUUCCAGAAGCUGGUGUUAACCUUGUAAUGUGAGUGUUAAGGUCUAGAUGAGGAAUCUUAAAGGAAGAAUUUUUGCCAGGUUUUGGAGCAGCUCCAAGGUUUCUGCUCAUCUCCUGGCAGAUCUGCACAGGAAGCUCUGUUAAACGGUGCUUUGCUGUGGAGGCAGUUGAAAACAGGUCCCCUAUUACUAUUAUUACUAUCUUUUGGUUAACCUUUACUGCCAUGUGCCUAUUAAAGGUAUACUAGGUGAGAGUAAAAUCAGAAGACUGUAAAAGACCUUUGGGAACAUGCUAGGAACCAUGUUUAUAUCUUUCUAGAAGCCCUCAGCUCUUUGAGUAUUUUUGUUUUGUUUGUUUAACUCUGGUUCCCUGGAUAUUUUUUGUUUGCAACAGACUUGUAUGUUCAGUAAAGAAUGUGGAUUUUUCUUUGGACUAUUUUUGUAAAAUAGAUGGAUAGCAAUGCCACAGCAUGCAGAAAUUGCACAUUUUGCUUGAAUUGCUUUGUAAAAUACACUAUUUAAUUUGAGAAAUGUAAUUUAUGCCAAAAAGUGUAAUAUGCCAUUUUGCCACUGAAUAGGUUGUUUUAGCACAAGAUGCAAUGUCUUAGGGGGAAAGGCAGAUGUUUUGUAGAUUUAAGUGAAAAACUGUUCCAAUAUUGGCUGUCAGAAUCCCUAACACUGCAUUACAAGAAAUGAUGUAAAUUAAUCAUUCUGAGGAGAGGGACAAGCUCGAAGAAAAUCAAGACUUAUUCUCCCUGUCCCACGUGGUCUUUUUUUAUUUAGUAAUACGCUGCUACAUAUUUGGAGGUUCUAGUGUUUGUAGGUCACUGAAGAGACAUUGAAAUCUGAUUUAUAUUGUAUACCUGUAACAUAGAAAGAAAAAGUAUUUAUAUAUUUUCCGUAAGAAUAUUGCAUUGAGCUGUGUAUAAUUUAAACAGAGGCUUGUCCCAAAAUGGUAUUGCCCACCUUGAUUUUUUUUUUUUUUUUUUUUUGUAUAGCGUGUACAGUUCAUGUCUAUGGGCAUUAAAAGCCUCCUGAAGUGUAAUCUUAUCAAAGGGAUGCAUUGUUAAUAAAAUGUACUUAAACUUC